AUGGUGAUGGAUACCGGAAUAUUACUAGAUGCUGUUUGGGAGGCUGAAAAAUCAUUGAGGUGGCAAGCAAUCGUGUUACACAAUCUUGCUUCAAAGGAAUUAAUGUGGACAACUUUGUCACGACCCACUUGCAUCGGUACGUCCGUAUUAUACUGGAAGUCGGCACGUCGCAGGACAACAAAUACAGGCCUGGUUUCCUGCUCUGAUUGCAAUUGCGUCAACAGGCCCACGGCCCACGGCCCACGACUCGAUUCGCCUUCUCCUCUUCACCGCCGCUGGCCGGUUCUGCGCCGACCACACAAGCCGCCUCCCAAUCUUAUACGACGGUGGCAUGGUGUGCCGAGUGCCGACCCAAUCCAGGAACCACCGAUGGCUGACCCCAGCUGGUCCGACCUGCCGGCCGACGUGCUCGCCACCGUCCUCGGCGAGCUCGAGUUCCCGGACCUCUUCCGCUCCGCCGCCGCCGCCUGCACCACCUGGCGCGCCGCCGCCCGCGCCCUCCUCCGCCUCGGCAUCUACAACCGCUCCCAAUCCCCCUGCCUCUUCUACACCGCCGCCGCCGCCGCCGGCACCCGCGCCGCCGAGCUCUUCAGCCUCGCCGACAAAACCACCUACAAGGCAGUGCGUCUCCCGGACCCUCCCAUCGAGGAGCGCAACAUCGUCGGCUCCUCGCACGGGUGGCUCGUCACCGCCGACGCCCGCUCCGAGCUCCUCCUCCUCAACCCGGCCACCGGCGACCAGAUCGAUCUGCCGCCCGUGUCCACCGUCGAGCAGGUGACCCCCGUCUUCAACCACGCCGGGGAACUCAGGUACCACCUUUACUUCUACGACGCCGCUCUCCCCAGAUCAAGGAGCCGAUGAGCCGCAAGGCUAUGCCGUGCACGAGCUCCGGGACGCCCUGUAUCUCAAGGUCGUGUUAUCCUGCGACCCUUCGCAACCCCUUUCACCGGCAGCUCUCAUUCGCGAGGGUGGGCGACGAGAUGUGGCAUUGGGCCACGACCUCGUUCCAUGAUUCGCAGUACUCUGACUGCAUAUUUCAUGAAGGCGCGUUCUACGCCAUGAACUCCCGCGGUGGGAUCCAUCGACACA